CUUCCGCGUACUGUUUUUUUUUUUUUUUUUUCUCCCACUGACACUCGGCAACUUUCGAUCAGGAAGCCCAUUACACGCUUUCGGCUGUCUUUUUCUCUUUAUUAGCCGCAGGGUUAGUUUGGAGCUCGACGCUCUGAGCCAGCCAUGAGCAUCAUCGGGGCCGAAGACGAGGACUUUGAGAAUGAUUUAGCAGACCCAGCAGAUGACAAAUGUCCGUAUUUCGACAACAUCGAGACGUUGAAGAAACGGCCGACUCACCUGCUGGUCUUCAUGCAGCAUGUCAUUCUGCAGUUCGAUCCCGCACCCUUGCUGUGUUAUCUCCAUGCCGACAUCAUAAAGAACCUCAAUGCUAGAGACACCAAGAAACAGUUUCCGGACUUCUACAAUAACUUCUUGGAGAAGGGUGCAAUUCUCAGAGUUUCAAUGCCAACCAGUUUAUCCUUUGAACUGGAUCGGACUCGUCCAGAAUUGCUGUCAGAUGACACCCAAAGACGUUACGCUUUAGAUGUGCAGAAAUGUCAAGCGGCGGAGGUGGCCAAACAGCUGGAGGAUUUCAGGCAGAAAAGGAUGAUGGGUAUGACCCAGUGUGAGGAGCAGGUGAUGGAUGUUGAAAGUCACUAUCCCACUGACCGCGUCCCGAUGGACAUGAAGGAGAAAUCUGUGGCUGAGAAUCUGCUGGAGAAGAUGUAUGAUUCACAACUUACCUUUGUCCCGGAUGAGGAAAAAUGCCAAGCCAUCUUCUCUGCAGUGGCGUCUUACAUGAAGCACCUUGAAGUGAAAAACAGGGCAGGUGAUAGUAAGAAGUCCAAACGAGGCUUUCCAUGGAUUAAGCAGAAGAAUCAUGAUCCUCCAAAGCAACGGACUCGGGGCUUCCAUGUUCCUAACUGGAUAGCAGGCGGUGUCGAAGUCAAACCAAAAGAGUCUGAAGGGGAAAAAGAUAAUAAAGGAAGGGAAUCUAAAGGUUCUGUCCGAGCUGAAACUCCAGCUCCUUCGAUCAGAAAACCUGAAGGCUCACCUUCGGUGCCUAACGUGGAGCCCCCUGGAUCUCCAGGCAACAUCUUGAACAUCCACAACAAUGCAGAGUCUUCUCCGAUUGAUGGUCAGCCAUGCAACUUUUUAGAGCCUCCCACUCAGUCGGACGGGCCGCUUCCAGAGAUGGCAGCUGGGGUUCCUGUUGUUGAGCAUAGUUCACCCCUUGAUGUUCAUCCAGAGGAGUCGGACAAGGACAGACGGAAGCCAAGCAGGAAAGUGGGACGCAGCGAGAGCGCACGCGUGGACCGGCACUCGUCUCGGCGCCGUGGCUCUUCUCGUAAACAGUCACGCUCCCGUAGUGACGUGGACCUCCAGCCUCCUUCAUCUGCGACAAGUCCUGCCCCGCUCUCCCCGCAGCACCUCCAUCCUUUGGAAGGACCCGCUUUCCCUUCUGAGGUGCCUGGCCAGCCCCCAACAAGUCCCUCUCCGCAGUUGGAGGAGAUUGAUCCCCGUCUGCAGGAGUUGGAGCAGGACCCGUCCAGCUGGAGGCAGCUGGCGUCCCCUGAGGCUGUGAAGAGCCUCAGCAAGAAGGAGACCAAGAGGCAGGAAGUCAUAAAUGAGUUGUUUGCCACAGAGCAUGCACACGUCAGAAUGCUGAGUGUCCUUCAGUGGGUGUUCGCCAAGCAGAUGGAGAGGGAGCAACUCCUGACUUCUGUAGAAAUUGAAGCCAUUUUCCCAAACCUCGAGGAAAUCAUUGAAAUGCAUUAUAAUUUCUAUGAAAACCUGAAGAAACUGCGUGUCAAUGAAAACUAUAUAGUUAAAAAAAUCAGCACGACAUUGCGCAACAGAUUUGAUGGCCACGAGGGAGAAUGGUUUCAGAGACUGACUUCCAGGUUCUGCAGUCACCAGACUUGGGCCCUUGACCAGAUCAAGCAAAGACAGAAGAAAGAGCCCCGCUUUAAUGCUGUUAUACAGGAUGCAGAGAGUAAGCCCCAGUGCCGCAGGCUACAGCUCAAGGACAUUAUUCCUACAGAGAUGCAGAGGCUUACGAAGUAUCCACUGCUGCUGGAGAACAUUGCUAAGAACACAGAGGACCCAGAUGAGAAGGCGGCUAUCCAGGACAGUGCUGAAUGCUGCAGAAAGAUCCUCAACCAUGUCAACGAAGAGGUCAAAAGCAUGGGGAACAUGUUGACUCUGAAGGAAUACCAGAAAAAACUGGACACAUCAGGACUGAAAGCCAGCGUUGACCUUUAUACAGAAUAUAAGAACCUUGACCUGACUCAGAGGAAGAUGCUUUUCGAAGGUCCGCUGAUCUGGAGGGUGACCAAGGAAAAGGCUAUUGAUGUUCAUUGCUUGCUGCUGGAAGAUCUGCUAGUCCUUGCACAAAAGCAGGAAGACAAGAUGUUGCUCAAAUGCCAAAGUAAGAGUAACAUUGCGGGGCAGGAGGGCAAGCAGAGUCUGAGCCCCAUUAUAAAGUUGGACUCGGUUUUCCUCCGUGACGUGGCAACAGAUCGAAAGGCUUUAUAUGUGAUAUUCACGUGGGAGAAUGGUGCUCAGAUCUAUGAGCUGGUGGCUCAGUCUGUUGGAGAAAGGAAAACUUGGACUGAUAUGAUCAGGUCAGCAGUAGACGAUCUGAAGAGAAAUGGAGCAUCCCUGAAGUUGCCUAUUACUCCUGGAGCUGGGAUGUCUCCUCUCAGCCCAUCCAUGUUGAAUCCGCCGUUGAGUCCAUCAGAGAAUGGCGGUUUAAGAGGCAGCAGUGAUCAAGAAGAGGCCAGUGUGACAGAUGACAAAGCUGUACAUCCGAGGGAUAAGUUGAUUGAACUGUUAACCGACAGAGGCCUGGUUCAUGUGCUGGAUCAGUCCAGCGGCGGUCAGGAGAAGGUGGCCAGCAGUGCUCUGGAUGAAGUCAUGUCACUGAAAAGAUUGCUGAUCGGCAGCAUCAGUCUGUCAGAGGACUCGCUGCCUGAUGAAGAAAAUGAGGAGGAGCAACCAGAGAAGCCUUCUCAGGACACAGAUGGCUCCCAGCCAGCAGAGGAAAGUGAGUCGACAGACAGGGGAUAUAUGCAGGUGAACGCCAGUCCUUCUAGGAAGGAAGAUGGAGUAAAAAAAGAAGAUGAAGACGGGAGCAUCAGCGCCCCGCUGGUCUUGUCCCAGGAGAGAAUGGACGAAGUGUGCAGGAGGCUGCAAAGCCUGCAGGAAAAGAUACAGAGACUACAGGCUGUGGAAGAGGAGCAUCACAAGUUGAACGAGGUCCUUUCAGAGUUCUCGCUGGAAGGCGGUAACUUCCAGUGAGAUGCGUUUUUGCCACCUGCUGGCCACAAGGUUUUCUUCUGGCUGUUGUUUGGAGCAAAGUGACUUUCCGAGGCUUUCCUGGAACUUUCACUCCCACUCAAAAAACAAACAAAAAAACAAAAACAUCAUGCCUGGAUCCAAGCUGCCACUUCUAUAUCUUUGUAUCAGCGCUGUUUGCUGCCAAAGCAGGAAGUUUCCUGCCUUCCAGAGGAGUGUAAUUGCUUUGUGCACAGUGCAGUAGUUCAGUGAUGGAGCGUGGGAGGUGUGUGCAUUGGUGUGCGUGUGUCUGUCUGGCUGCAUGUUUGAAACAAAAGGAUGGAACCGAUUGGGGGGGAGAGAAAUAUCUUGCUUUUGAGUAGGAGGUUGUUUUUGCUGGAAAGUGACAAAAGUAAUGAAGCAAUAUUUUGGUGUGAGAGACAUGCUGCCUAAUAAAAAAUGUAGUCUUUCUGCUGUAACACACAUACGCACACCUGAGACAUGUAUGCUGGAGCACAGUUGACAUUAAUGCCAAGAAUGUCAAUGCUGUG